AUGGCAGCAUUGGCAGCAGCAGCAGCGGUGGUGUCGCAAGAGGCAGACGCCGAGUUCCAGAUCUACGCAGUGGACGGGUACUACUUCGAGUCCUCCAGGAAGGAGCCCGUCUGCUUCUCUACCCUGCCGCUGCGGUUCGGGGACGCCGCCGCCGACGUUCCCGAAGGCAACAAGCGACUGUUUCUGCGUGGAUUUGCCGGCCGGAGGCUCAGGGUGUGUAAGAGGGUGGUGGCCUGGAGGCUGGAGCUCGAUGGCGAGCAGCCCGAGUUCUUCGUGCUCCUCUCAGCAGACAGCGGAGGCUGGCUGCGGCUCGCGAAGGCCAGGAAGCUCUACGAGCGCACGGCCAGGACUGUGCUGAUGACGGCGCAGGCGCUGCAUUUCCUCCGAAGGAAUCCUGAUGGGCCGGAGACAGCCCUAUGGAUCCAUCUUCGCCAAGCUUUUGGCAGGUUUUGGCCUAGGCCCUCAGAGCAUGACUUCAGGAACCAGACCUCACUGUCACUGAUGACGCAGUUCGCGGCAACGGAUCCUGUCUUGGCAACUUCAGAGACUUUGCGAGCAUUUGUUGAAAGAAUAUCUACUAAGGUUGGCGGUGCAGACACUAUUGACAUCGCCGACGAGUACUUCUUCCAAGCCAAGGACAACUACAAGUUCGUGUGCUUCUCCACCCUGCCGCUCCGGUUCAGGGCCACCGCCGCCGCCGAUGUUCCCGAAGGCAACAGGGCGCUGUACCUGGCGGGGUGCACCGGACGGGGCGCCAGGCUGCACAAGGAGAUGGUGAGCUCGCUGAGGCAGGCUUACAGAUUGAACUUGUUCUUCUGCAGCAAUUUUCGGCCUAGUCCCUCAGAGGAUGACUUGUGGAACCAGACCUCACUGUCACUGAUGAGGCAGUUCGCGGCAACAGAUCCUGUCUUAGCAGAUUCAGAGGCUUUGCGAGCAUUUAUUGAAAGAAUAUCUACUACGGUUGGUGGCGCAGACAUUAUUGGCAUCGCUGACGAGUACUCCUUCCGUGCCAAGGACAACUACGAGCUUGUGUGCUUCUCCACCCUGCCGCUUCGGUUCGGGGCUGCCGCCGCCGAUGUUCCCGAAGGCAACAAGGCGCUAUACCUGUCGGGGUUCACCGCUGGGGGCCUCAAGCUGUUGAAGCAGGUGGUGGCCUGGAGACUGGAGCUCGAUGGCGAACAGCCCCAGUUCUUGGUGCUCACGCCAGCAUACGGCGGAGGCUGGCUAUGCCUCGCGAAUGCCUGGAAUAUGUACAAGCGCACGGCCAAGACUGUGCUGAUGACGGCGCAGAUGCUGCAUUUUCUCAGGAGGAAUCCUGAUGGGCCGGAGAUAGCCUUGUGGAUCCACCUUCAUCAAGUUUUUGGUAAGUUUUGGUCUAUGCCCUCGGAGGAUGACUUCAGGAACCAGACCUCACUGUCACUGAUGAGGCAGUUCGCAUCAAUGGAUCCUGUCUUAGCAAACUCAGAGGCUUUGCGAGCAUUUGUUGAAAGAAUAUCUACUGAGGUUGGUGGUGGUGCAGACAUUGUUGACAUCGUUGGUGGUGCAGGCAUCGUUGACGACGGUGCGGUCGUAAAUGAGAUUUUUGUUGACGAUGCUCCAUUCUAG